AUGGCGAUCCAGAAAGAGGUUAUCAAGUGGCUUGACGCCGGUGUGGUUUAUCCAAUCUCUGACAGUUCGUGGACUUCUCCGGUCCAAUGUGUGCCAAAGAAAGGAAGGAUGACGGUGGUGACCAAUGACAACAAUGAGCUUAUUCCCACUCGAACCAUUAUCGGGUGGAGAGUUUGUAUGGACUACCGGAAACUCAACAAGGUGACCCGCAAGGAUCAUUUUCCCUUGCCAUUUCUUGAUCAAAUGCUUGAUCGUCUUGCGGGGCGGGCUUUCUAUUGUUUCUUGGAUGGGUACUCGGGCUACAAUCAAAUUUUAAUCGCCCCGGAGGACCAAGAGAAGACUACUUUUACAUGCCCCUAUGGUACAUUUGCUUUCUCCCGGAUGCCAUUCGGGUUGUGCAAUGCUCCGGCGACCUUCCAACGUUGCAUGAUGGCUAUUUUCACCGAUAUGGAGGAAGACAUAUUGGAGGUCUUUAUGGAUGACUUUAGUGUGGUUGGCGACUCUUUUGAUGAAUGCUUGGUAAAUUUGGAUAGAGUCUUGGCCCGUUGUGAAGAAACUAACCUCGUUCUCAAUUGGGAAAAAUGCCAUUUUAUGGUUGAAGAAGGUAUAGUGUUGGGCCACAAGAUUUCAAAACAUGGGAUUGAGGUAGAUAAGGCGAAAAUUGAGGUGAUUUCAAGGCUUCCUCCCCCUACUUCUGUCAAAGGGGUGAGGAGUUUUCUUGGGCAUGCCGGGUUUUACCGGCGGUUUAUCAAAGAUUUCUCG